AUAAACACCAACGAAGAAGAAAAGGAAGAAUAAGAAUCUGAACAGCGAAGAAGAAAGUUGCGCGGGUUGUUUGACUGUAAUGCUAACUGCUACAUAACAUUUAGCAGGAGCUCUGUUAUCACGUGAUGUUGUGACCCUCGCCACAGGCAGCUCGGUUCAUCAUGGAGUCCACAGAGAGCAGAUUUCCUCACCUGCUGCAGCCCAUCAGAGAGCUCACUAAGAACUGGGAGAUCGACGUGGCGUCAGAGUUAAACGACUAUUUAGAAGAAUUGGACGACAUGUGCAUCACGUACGAUGGAGGGAAAAUCCAACUGAACUUUGCAGAGGCCGCGCUGCUGAUCCAAGGCUCCGCCUGCAUCUACAGCAAGAAGGUGGAGCUGCUGCACAGCCUGGUUUACCAAACUCUGGAGUACAUCAACGACAAAAAAAAGCGUAACAAGCGGACGGCGGCGUCUCAGGAGGACGAUGCAAACGGAGAAUCGAGCCACGACGCUGGCGACGUGGAGGCGUUCAGUCCACUGGACGCUCAGGUCCCCGACAACACAACGAACGCCGACUCCAGCACGAUGGUGAGUGUUGCUCCUCUUCCUCCUGAGACUCUGAUUCCUCCUGAAGCCACAGAGAAGCACAAACUGCCGCUAAUCAGUGUGGACGGAGACGUCCUGUGCAGUCAGAAGGACUUCCAGAUCGUCCAGUUUGUUCCGGGUCUGGAGGAUCUGAUCCUUCUGGGAUCAGCUGCUUUUUCUGUGCGGCUGCAGCUCGACGCUCGACGUCCUGCACGUUUCUGUCUUCUGUCGUCUUUAACACUCACAGUUUCAGAUGAUGCGGCGCCCGUUGAAGUGGCGGAUGUUGGAGAUCACGCCGGCGAUGCUGCUGCAGAGAACUUCCUUCCUCUGGAGGACAACAACAUGGAGCUGGACCACGAGGAGCCGGAGGAGCAUGUGUAUCGACACCAGGCUCCGUGUGACGGCGGGAGGAUCCUGAGGCGCCCGCUCGAAGCCGACACGAGGACGAAGCCGCCGCCGCCUGCCGUGAACGCGUGGACACUGCACGACCCGUACGCCGUCCUCGGGGAGGACAGACCCUUCAAACCCGGAAAGUGCUACAAGGUUCCUGACGGUCUGGACGACGCAGGGAAGAGGAAAAGAAAACGCGUUUGUUCUCUUCAGGACUUCAGGAGCUGGUUCAGUGGAACAUUCGAUCCUCCUGACCACAAGUUAAAAAAUGGACCCACGUUUGCAGACCUGAACUACAUUUACCUGAGCACGAUGAAGGACAGACUGAAGAGCAGGAGGAGAGUCUUCAGGAGCGCGGGCGUGGUGGUCUCUGAUGAAGAACUGAUGAGGACCUUCCUGCAGCCGGAGGAGGCGGGGCCACAGCAGCAAGGGGAGGAGCCUGUGGACGGAGUCAUACCGCCGGACCUGCUGGGUGGAGACGACGAUAACUCGGACAACGAAUACGAAGCGUUUCCUGACGACGUCGCAGCUGAUUUUGUUGGAGGAGCCGACUUCAUAUCACCGGACGCUCGGAGAGACGAGCUGAGUUAUGAAGAUCUGGUGAAGCUGCGUGUGGAGCAGCUGGUGGUGAACUGUCGAGGUUACACUCAGGAGACGGCUUUGUCUCGAAGAGUUAAAGAUUGGGAGGACAAGAUCCGACCGGUGCUGGUGCAGCAGGAGGACCGUUCGGUGUUUGACAUCCACGAUUACGGCGACAGGAUCGUGGGCGCACUGCACGGCGUCGGGCAGCGCAGAGCAUUCUCCUCCAUCGUCACCGGUUUGGACAACUUUGAAGCCUGCAAGUACCUGCUGGCCACCCUGCAGCUGGCGAACGACUACACGGUGGAGGUGCACAGCGCUGUGGGUCUGGAGGAGAGCGUGGACUCGGUGGCGCUGACGCUGCUCAGCACGCACAGAGCGACCGACAGGUUCAAAGCCAUGACGGCGUCCACGUUGAACCACUGACACUCCCAAUAUAUUCCUCACAACCGUUUCCUCUUUUCAUCCGUCUGUACUUUAACCUGAACGCUUCGGAUUCAGAGAAUACUGAAUCCUCUCUCUCUCUCGCUCUCUGCCUCGCUCUCUGCCUCUCUCUCUCUGCCUCGCUCACUCUCUCUCUCUCUGCCUCGCUCACUCUCUCGCUCACUCUCUCUCUCUCUGCCUCGCUCACUCUCU